GCAGCGAUUAAACAGCCGCGACAAAACGCGUUCGCCAUAUCGCUAUCGAUCAGCAAAUAAAGUUUCGUUCAUUUGAGAGAUUACUUGUGCGCUUGCGUUCGACUAGACCUGUGUAAACGUAGGUUUCGAACGGUCGUACAGUCGACGACGCGCAUCGGGUGCGUCAGGAUGUAUCGUUUGUCCAACCUUGACGACGUCCUGCGGAACGAGCAUUACGAGAACGAUAUACGGUACGCGUUUCAAUUAUGCCUGUGGAUCCUAAAACCGAUCGGCAUUUACCCUUUCAUCUACAGCCGUGCGAAUAGACUCGAGCGAAUGGUAUCGGUGGUGUUAAUAUCGAUAUGCUGCCUUGUCGUGCAAUUCGUCAUUGUACCGUUCGGUUAUUAUAUUCUUUUCUAUGAAAAAGACAUGAAUACAAGAAUCAAAUUUCUCGGCCCCCUCGCAUUCUGCGUGACAUCGUUCUUUAAGUAUGGUUACUUGAGUCUGAAGGGUCGAGCCUUCGAGCGGUGCAUCGUGCAUGUGGAGAGAGACUGGAGGCUCUUGCGAGACCAAGAUCAUCGUGCCAUCAUGAUCAGGCACGUGACCAUGAGUCGGAAUCUCAUCACUCUAUGUGCCGCUUUCAUGUACACUGGCGGUCUCUCCUACCACACGAUCAUGCCGUUAUUAUCCAAGAACGUGGUCAACGAGAACGUCACGAUCAGACCAUUGACUUACCCUGGCUACGAAGCAUUUUUCGAUAUCCAGGAGAGUCCCACGUACGAGAUCGUGUACUGUAUGCAUUGCAUUUACGUUUUGGUAAUCGGUAACAUCACGAUGGCCGCUUACAGUCUGACCGCCGUCUUCACGAGUCAUGCUUGCGGCCAAAUAGAGAUACAGACAUCGCGAUUGGAGCACUUGACCAACGAAAAGAGAUCCCCGCGAAAGUAUGCGAGCUACGAAAACCAUAUAGCGAUAGUCGUGAGAAAUCACGUAAAAAUAUUGAGAUUUACGAAAGACGUGGAGAAAGCGAUGCAGGAGAUAUUGUUAAUGGAAGUAGUAAUGUCCACUUUACUAAUAUGCUUGCUCGAAUAUUAUUGCAUGAUGCCUUGUCUUUUAGGAAUGGGAAACCAGCGAUUCGAUUGCGAUACUAACGUACGUUAUUCUGUUGACUUCCUUCAUCUUCAGCAUUGCGAUAUACUGCUACGUGGGAGAACUUCUUCUUGGACAGAAGUGAGCACAUUUAACCAUUGGCAUAAUAGACACGAGUCUUGUAUCAGGGUGACAAAAUUGCAACGGCUUCCUACAAAAUCGACUGGUAUAAUCUAUCUGGAAGGACAGCACGUGGUAUCGUUUUGGUGCUCGCUGUAUCCAAAUAUCCACCUAAGCUAACGGCUGGCAAGAUAUUUGACCUGUCGUUGAACACGUUUGGAGUUGUACUAAAAUCGUCGUUGGUCUAUUUGAAUAUGCUGCGAACGAUUACCGAUUCUAAUUGAAAUUAUCGAAUAAAAUUUUAUGUUUCAAUGCUGCAUGACUUAUCCACCAUUCGAUAAACCAACUAACAAAAAUAAUCGUCGUUUAACUACUGAUUUUAGACUAUACCGAUCAUUUAUAAAAAUAUGUAAAAAACACUAAUGUACCGUUCAGUAGGUAUAUCAAACUCGUUUUGGUUGUACCGGUACAUUUUGAACCAUUGACAGAUUAAACAUAAUUACGAAUGAGAAAGAAAAUAAAUUUUUUAAUCUUGCUUACCGUCGUAUCUCAAAUAUGUUUGACAUGCAUGUCGUACGGUAUUUGGUAAUAUUAAACUUACAAAAAGUAUAAUAAAAUGUACAAUGUAUGUAUAGAAUGUUACAGUACAGUUGACGCCGUGCGUUAAGCUUAAACCUUUUGCAGAUUCUCUGUUAUCCUGAUUCGUGGAGCAUAAUUAUCGCUGGAUACCUUCAAGAGCUAACGCUGAAUUUCACAAUGAUAGAUAUUAUCUGUUAACCAGUGCGAUCCGA